AUGUCAGGUUUCUCCUCCCCUCUUGCGGGUCGAAAUAUCCGCCCUUCUUCCGAGGUGUACUUUAACCAACAAUCCCAGGGGCAAAACAACACUGAGGAUGCGUUGGAUCGGGCGGCGCAGCAGUGGAUUGCCGAUAUUGAUCAGUAUGAGACCACACUUGAAGAGAUGGCAGCUGCCACGCUGGAUCAGGACUUUAAGGAUGAGCUGAGUGCCAUUGAGCAGUGGUUUCGUGUCUUGAGCGAAGCUGAACGUACGGCUGCUCUUUACGCUCUGCUUCAACAGACAACUCAGGUUCAAAUUCGCUUCUUUAUUCAAGUGCUACAGCAGAUGUCGCAAAGUCAUCCUAUGUCUAGCGUCUUGUCACCUGCUAAUUUUGGCGAAAAAGAUCCCAUGUCAAACCGCCUGAGCGAUGCCAUGGCCAAAUUGAAUGUGGAACCAUCUCGUAACUCAAUGGGCCGUCCGCCACCUUCACCUGGAAAUAAACGUAACUCUGGACUCGAUUCAUCUACUAUUAAUGCUAUGUUUCCCGAUGCUGCCGCCGCAAUUGCCAAAAAGAAGGCAGAAUUCACUCAGCAAACAGGCAAUAUUGCAGGAUCAAACCGGAACAGUGCUGUGUUCGGCGAACGAACGGCUCUAGUUACUCCCACCAUUUCUACUCCUGAUUGCAAAGAUGUCUUGCCGCAGCCCCCAACUUCUCCUUGGCCACAGCGUACGCACGAACCACAGGCCCCUAUUGCACGACCAAAAUCAUCAAGUGGACAACAGCCAAUGGGCCAAUUUUCCCAAACACACUCUUCGGUGCGCUCCCCGCUUUCUCUGAACCAGAGUGCUUCCUCUAGUAUACAGAAUACUACCAUUGCAGCCCCUGAAAUUACUCAGGACCCCCCGCUUCUCUCUCCAUAUAAUCUAGGCAACGCUAGCUGGGCUUCGAUGAGUAGCACUCCCAUGGUUCCAUCAUUUAAUCAGCAAAAUAGUCAGACACAAGCAGACAUGGUCGCAAAUGCAACUGCCAUGAAACUCGCCGCUCUUUCCACCGUCAACAACAGAAUUGCUUUAGAUGACGCUCGAAAAUAUCGUCGUGCUCGGUCAAAUGAUGCACAAAAGACAACCGGGCAAGGGCCGCUUUCUCCCGGCCUUCCAAAUCAGACAAUCCCAGGAACGAAUGUAAUUAUGGUAAACGAUGCAGGUCAAAUUCUUAAUGCACAGCAAAUUGCAGCCCUGCAAGCACAACAACAAGCAGUCGCAUUGGCUGGGCGUCGAUCCCGUCCGAAUUCACCGGGAAUGGCCAUGCAGGGUGCUUCGUUGGGGCAUAUGAACUUCACUUCACCCCAGAAUAAUGGGUUUCUAGCCGCUUACGAUACAAAUACCCUUUUAGGCAAUAGCUUUGGCGGACUUAGUAUGGGCCUCCCUGGCGCUGGAAGUCAUGAAGGAUACCUCUCCGACCACUCUGAAAUAAAUCGUGGCCGUUCGCCACGCGGCCGACGGGGAAGUUCGAAACCCCCAGAAGACCCCACGGAUAUGAAGUUGCUUCAAGAUAUCCCUGCCUGGCUUCGUUCUCUACGCUUGCAUAAAUAUACAGAUAAUCUUAAAGACCUGAAAUGGACUGAACUGAUCGAGCUUGAUGACAAAGCUUUGGAGUCACGCGGAGUAAAUGCGCUUGGCGCAAGAAAUAAGAUGCUGAAAGUCUUCGAGCAAGUGAAGGAAGCCAAGACAGCUGGACGUCUUGACUCUAUACGUUGA